CAUGGCCAAAAAAUAAAUUUAAGAAAAAGAAAAGAGGGCAGCUUGUGUCAGCUGUAGGUAGGCUGGACCCAGAGUUGCCAAGGCUUAUAAUCUCUGAGAUACACCAGAAAUCUAGAGGUUUGUGUGAACAAGAAAAGAGGCUGCAGAGGGUGAGCAUGUGGACACAGAUCCCAGCCCUGCCACUUCCUCACUGUGUGACCUUGAACCACUUUCACUCACUGGACUCUGAUCUGUAAACUGAGGGGUAGUAGCUGCACUUACUUCACAGGACUCUGAUGAUUAUUAACAAGUUAACAUCCUAGGGCUCCUAAAACAGUCUUCUGCACGACAAAACUCUGGCUAUAUUGGCAGUUUAAAACACUACGAUGCCAACAAUGGACAGACCGAAGAAAACACAUGGAUGUUGUACUUUCUGGCCGUGGGUCACAGGUUUGCUUCCCCAACAGAGUGGUUAAGGGGCAUGAACUUGGAAGCAGAGGGACUGGCUGCUGCCCAGAGCUGCUGCUUAACCAGCUAAGUGACCUUGGGCAAAGGUGCUUCCCCGGGGCGGGGGCAGGGGGUUCCUGUCUAUAGAUCUAGGCCGGGGUCAUUGUGAGGGUUAUAGGGCAGUGACCCGAAAGGGCCUGGUGGAGUAGCUUACCUGUCCCUGUUCUCAGCCCCCUGUUGCAGAGGAGCCCCCAGGUAGGGUCACAAGAAGGGGGUGGAGCUCAGGUUCUUCAGUUAACUGUCACCCUCUCCCCUCCCCCUCAGCACAUAACCAGGGUCUGCCAGGACAGGGCAGCCCCCCAAGGCUCCCACAGGGAUCCAAGGCCACCAGGUGCCACAUGAGGCUGCUUCUCUCCCUCUCUGUCCCCCAUGGGUCCAGCCCCUGAGUUUUGCCAGGCCGGCCACACUCUACUGCGGGAGAGUCUGAGUGGGGAGAGACAGAUCCCUGGGGCUGGUGCAUAUCAGAAAGCGGGUUCAGUCUCCCCUGAGAGGCAGCUCCCCCAGGCACCCCUCGACAAACCCCGUGGGCAGUGGGGACUUGGGGGAUACAUAGGUGAGGGGGCAUGAAAUAUGGGAGUGCCUGGGAGCAGAUCUCAAGAGUCAGGGUUCAGAAAUGAGAACUCGGGUGGUCCCCCUCUGGAGCCCCAGCGACUCCCUUCUCCCCACCCCACCCGGAUGACAGGCAUCGUUGUUCCUCAGCCCCAUGGACCCCCUGAGGCAGUCCCCCUCCCGCAGCUCGUCACGGGCCUCCAGCCCGAGGACCCUACCCAGCGAGAUGCUUGGUUACGUGGGCAUCGAGGCCGUGCUGGACCAACUGAAGAUCAAGGCCAUGAAGAUGGGGUUUGAGUUCAACAUCAUGGUCGUUGGACAGAGCGGGCUGGGCAAGUCCACCAUGGUGAACACACUCUUCAAGUCCAAGAUGUGGAAGUCCACCAUGCCGGGCCUGGGGGUGCCCACACCCCAGACGCUGCAGCUGCAGUCUGUGACCCACGUCAUCGAGGAGAGCGGCGUGAAGCUUAAGCUGACAGUGACUGACACACCCGGCUUCGGGGACCAGAUCAACAACGACAAGUGCUGGGACCCCAUCCUGGGCUACAUCAAUGAGCAGUACGAGCACUACCUGCAGGAGGAGAUCCUCAUUACCCGGCAGCGACACAUCCCCGACACCCGAGUGCACUGCUGCGUGUACUUCGUGCCGCCCACCGGGCACUGCAGGCUGCGGCCCCUGGACAUUGAGUUCCUGCGGCGGCUCUGCCGGACUGUGAACGUGGUGCCUGUGAUCGCCCGGGCCGACAGCCUGACCAUUGAGGAGCGAGAGGCCUUCAGGCACAGGAUCCAGGAAAACCUGAAGACUCACGGCAUAGAGGUGUAUCCACAGCAGUGCUUCGAUGAGGACAUCAAUGACAAGAUCCUCAAUAGCAAGAUCCGGGAACGGAUCCCCUUCGCUGUGGUCGGGGCUGACCAAGAGCACAUUGUGAAUGGGAGGUGUGUUCUGGGCCGGAAGACGAAGUGGGGCAUCAUUGAAGUGGAGAACAUGGCUCACUGUGAGUUCCCCCUCCUGAGAGACCUGCUCAUCCGCUCCCACCUCCAAGACCUGAAGGACAUCACACACAAUGUCCACUAUGAGAACUACCGCAUCUUCAGACUGAAUGAAAGCCACGUGCUGCCCCGAGGGCCCGGCUGGGUGAACCUGGCCCCAGCCCCGGCCUCUGUCCCUGCCCCCGCUGGCCCCCAGGCCCACCCCGGCCCCUCAAAGGUCGGCGGGUGGGCCAAGGACAACUCAGAUGAGGAAUGCUGAGCACCGGCACAUCCCGGGCCCGCGGGGCUCCCCAAGUCCUGGGCAGCCCCCUGACACACACCUGUGUACUAGAGCAUGUAUUAAAGAGUAGACAUUGCUUUUUAUGAAAAGCUGUGCUUUGAAAACAAAAGGUGUUUUGUAAAUGACUUCUUUGAGCUAUCCUCAAAUAAAAGUAUUGUUCUUUCUAAAA